UAAAGCAUGAAAAUAUUUCUUUGGUGAAUUUCAUGACAUAUUAAAACUUUUCGUCAGAAAAUACUCAAGUUCAGCUUAAAAGACAGAAAACUGAAAUAAAUUGAAAAAAUGGGUGACUACGAAAUGAGUAAAUCUUCACAAGCCGAUGCUGAGCUCCAAGAAUUCCUAAUGAUUGAAAAGCAGAAAGCUCAAGUUCAAGCGCAGAUCCAUGAAUUUAAUGAAAUAUGUUGGGAUACCUGCGUUGACAAGCCGGGAAGUAAAUUGGACAGCCGAACGGAAACAUGCUUAAGCAAUUGCGUUGAUCGCUUUAUCGAUACAUCCUUGUUGAUUACGAACCGAUUUGCACAGUUGCUGCAAAAGAACAGCGGUUAGGAUAGUGCUGGAGUUUCGAGAGGAGUACGCUUUUGUUCAAAUUAUUGUUAUAGUCAAACGGGAAAUUUAGCGUCGGUUUAUUGGGGGUGCCAUGGCAACUUGAUGAAAUAAAAGACCAAACCAAAUA